AUGGAACCAACCCAAAGUGGCGUUGUAGCUGAUACUGAGAAGUCGUUAUAUCGUAAUGAUAAAAUAAAACAGCAAAGUGAUUUGCUUUAUGAUUCUUGUUUGCCAGCGGGAGCUGUAGCAGAGGCAUUUAGUAACCUACGAUUGGAAGGUAGCAAAUUUUCUCAAGAAACGUCUCCUGAAGAGGAUCAUAGUAAUUCCACUGACGACACUGCAUUCGUACAAUCAUCUAAUGAUGAUAUAGAGGAUAUGGGCCGCAGUCUUUUUCACGCGGCAAUGCACUUGCGUAGUCAAAUUUUAAGUUUAACAAAUCGUAUGCAAUGGCCUCCAAGUUCCAACGAACUAAGGAAGCCACCAAACAUUCCACCCGACUUGUUUAACUUUCUAGCUUGGGUAGUAAACGGGGACGAUGGCUCUAAUGAAGCUAUUUCUAGCAGAAACAGAGUAAGAAUCAAGUCUCAAAGAGCAGAACGCUAUGUCACCUCUAUUGCUGAAGACCUAAUUCAUUGUGCUACUAACGGUAAAGUGAAAACACCAAAGCACGUCUAUUUGCCGAUGACUGUUCGAAACCUAACCAGUAACGUGCAGAUUGUGUCGUUACUCAAUCGAUUUGGCCACGGUUUGUCCAAUAGUCAAAUGCAAGAGAUCGAUACGGCAAUAGCUGAACAACGACUGCAGGCCGACAGUAGUGAAUAUAGAAGAUACCCGUGGUUGCAUUAUCAAGAAGCAGAUGACAAAGUCUUCUGCUUCUACUGCCAGGUGGCGGAGAAGAAGGACUUAGGCUCAGUUGCUCUGCGCGCUGGGAACUUGGACGAUAAAUUCGUGAGAACUGGCUUUACAGACUGGAAGAAAGCACUCACUAAAUUUGAAAAACAUCAGAAAUCAGUCUUUCAUCGUGAUGCUAUGGAUAUGGUGGUUGGCAAGGAACAGAAUGUUGGGCAAAUGCUAGGGAAAGGUUAUGCAGAAGAAAUGGUUGAGAAUAGGAAUAUGUUACAGAUAAUUAUUAGUUGCAUUCGAUACCUUGCUCGGCAAGGUCUCGCCAUGCGUGGUCGGUCUAAACCUGAAGGUAGUGUCGCUCUUGAAAGGGAUUCCAACUUAAUGCAACUCCUCAUUAUGCGUGCUGAAGACAAUCCGAGGCUCUGGAAAUGGUUAGACAAAUGCCAGGCCAAGUUCACAAGCCCCUGUAUACAAAAUGAAAUUCUCAGUAUCAUGGCAUUAAUGAUUCUGAGAGAUGUUGUUAGGAAGGUAUCGGGAAAGUGGUACACUAUCAUGGUAGAUGAAACUACAGAUUUGUCCAAUACUGAACAAAUGGUCUUCUGUCUUCGAUACGUAGAUGAUGAUCUGGAAGUCCAUGAGGAAGUAAUAGGGCUGUAUAGCUUAGACUCAACUUCUGCUGACUCUAUACUAGCAACAGUUCAAGAUAUCCUGUUACGCAUGAAUCUAAGGAUUGACCAUUGCCGAGGCCAGUGCUACGACGGCGCUAGUAACAUGGCAGGAGCGAAGUCAGGCGUUGCAAAAAGACUAAAUGAUCUAGAGCCCCGUGCGUUGUACACACACUGCUAUGGUCAUGCAUUAAACCUAGCGACUCAGGAUGUGUUGAAAGGUAUCAAGGUCAUGCGAAGUGCUCUGGAGACCGUACAUGAAAUUACUAAGUUGAUAAAAAAAUCACCCAAACGUGAAAGCAUCUUCAAGAAGUUUAAAGAUGUUGUCACUGCUGGCUCUCCAGGACUACGGAUUCUUUGUCCUACACGAUGGACGGUCAGGGCUGAGGCAUUAACGUCAAUAUCUGAAAACUACACUACACUUCAGAUGACUUGGGAUGUGGCAAAAGAAGCCACAAAGGAUACUGAGAUGAGAGCUAGAAUUGGAGGAAUCGCUUUGCAGAUGGACACAUUUGACUUCGUUUAUGGUGUUGAACUUGGAAGAAAGCUGCUGAACAUAGUGGACAACCUGUCCCGAUCCUUACAGAGUUCUACUAUUUCAGCAUGCGAAGGCCAAAAGCUAGUCAGUACUACAACAACAACUAUCCAGUCAAUGAGAUCUGAUGAGUGCUUUGAUAUAUUUUGGAAGUACGUUGAACGCAAAAGAUUGUCACUUCAAGUGCCAUCCCCUACCCUUCCACGACGUAGGAAAGUUCCAAGACAAUUCGAGGUAGAAGAAGGUGCAACAGUACAUCCAGUAGAAGUGAAGGAGAUCUAUCGAAGGGCUUACUUUGAGGCCAUUGACUUGAUUUUAGCAGCAGUCAAAGAUAGAUUUCAUCAGAAAGGAUUCAACAUGUUACAGAAAUUAGAGACAGUUGUAACUUCUCUUCAGAAAACCCCAGCAAUCGGAAGCACUGAAAGAGAUUGUCAAUUUUUAUGGUGA